UGGUGAGCUUAUGUCAUGGCGCCGCGUCUGUUGUCCGCAUUAGAAAGUGACAGUAAAAUUGUAAGCUGGUUUAAACUGGAUAGUGAAAUAUGUGAUGGGAACCUAUUAUUUGGUGUGUUUGGAAAUUUUGAUAUCAAUAAACAUAGAACGAGUAAGGAUUUGCACAAGAACAAUUUUGGAAAUCAACUGCUAGAUCUUCAAGAAAAUAUGAGACCUGUACAAGGAUCAAGACAAAACGGUCAUGACGUGACCAGUUCCCGCCGCCAUUCCGAGUGUUCGUCCUCCUUUUCCCGCCCAACAUAUAAGCGGUCAAUAUCGGAUGGAUCAAUAUCUUACUGCGGCCUUCAUACAUACAGCCAAACAGACAUACGUCUACACACCCAUGGACAUUUAAAGGAUUGUAAGAAACUGGAGUCGACCAGACGCUUGUUUUCAGUAUUUGUAUCACUGUUCAGAAACGAAUCCAAACCUGGAAACGGAGUGACGAAACCCCCAAGUAAUUCGAAUGUCCAAGAUUACAAUUCCAAAACUCUUGAUGCGGCUGAACAUUGUUUGCUAUACAAACUUAAAGCAUCCAAGUUAUGGUGUAAGAGACCGUUUUGUUCGACCAAUAUUAACAGUAUCGCUACCUAUUUAAUUAUAUUUAGUAUCAUCGGAUGUGUUGUGUACGACAUCAGACUUUGUUAUAUCAUUCUGUAUUUGUGGAUAAUAAUUGGAUUUUUUAAAGAUGUUAAAAAUAUCAAUGUUUGCCCCGAAAAAGAUAAAAUACAUUUAUAUGAAAAAUAUAUAACUAUAAAUGCUUUCAGUAAUGUUGGUGAUAAGUCUUAUUUGCACUGGAGCUUUAAAGACAACUUGUCUUGGUUGUGGCAAAUGCAGCCUCGUAGAGUUUCCCUGGAGGUUUUCCCGUCGAAUCUUAACCUUUAUUUCCAAAAUUCCGAAAAUGGGAAUGCAUCUGAAUCGAUGAACAUUGAAUGGUUACGGUUGAAGUCAUUUGCAGCUCAACGCAGCAUUAAUGUUCGACCAAUCAGAUUGGCGAGAGCUGGAUUUUAUUACACCGGUACUUCGGAUGAGGUACGGUGUUAUUCGUGUGGUAAACGGCGAUCUAACUGGGUGGCCGGAGAAGAUCCAAACGAAAUUCACAAGCAGAUAUCACCCGGAUGUAGACACGUGAACGGCACAGACGAUACAAACAUUGCUAUACCUCGUGACAGCAACGUUACGCAUUCUUCUGAAAGUCCCAUGGCUGCUUCUCAUUCGCAAGCAAGAAAUGAUGAGGAGCGGCAUUUUAAAAAUGGUUUUCGUAAUAUGUCCGAUGGGAAUCUUCAGAAUGAAAACUGUAGGGGAAAUCAUCAACAUCCUAAUACACAAAGUAGGAAUGAAUAUACAUACCAAGAGAACCCUUCUCUCGAACAACACACAAGCGAGAGGAACGCUGUUCCGAAACCCGUCUCUCAACCACGUCAGCAAUAUCCCCACGUGACCAAUCACAUGGCUAUACCUACUCAGUCUAAUAUCCCUACCGCGUAUUCGUCGGCAGCACAUGAUAGUCUGGACUUCAGGACACAACAAACGAACCAUCAUGCAAACAUUCAAAAUGGACAUUCGUUUGAGGAGGUGCGUGUAAGCAACGGAUACAAUACAGGUAUUGUACCACAAACAAACGUAAACAGUUCUCCUGUUUUGAACCAACCCGAUCGGCGUUCAGCUGCACACAGGAACAAUACUGGAUCAACUUCUGCAUCCGGUUCCGUCAGUGAUUCAGUGGUUAAGAAGCUUGCGCCACUCGGAGUUAACUUUGAUAAGCCAAAGUACCCGGCAUAUGCGGUACUUACGGUAAGGAUGAGUUCGUUUAAAGGUUGGUCGGGCUCACAGACACCAAACUUGAUGUCUGAGGCUGGGUUCGUGUACGCCGGGUACGCAGACUACACGCGGUGCUUCUUCUGCGGAGGGGGACUGAGAAACUGGGAGGAUGGGGACGAUCCAUGGGUUGAGCAUGCGCGGUGGUUUCCUGGGUGCGCAUAUUUACGACAGAACAAGGGAGCUGCGUUCAUACGUCUUGUUCACGAAAGAAUGGAUGCUCAAGAACAGGUUAACGACAAAACCAGUGGCAAAUCACGAGGAAAAGUGUGCGAAAGACCGACUGAGGAACUCCCGUCUGACACGGAGGUAGACAACUUACCAGCGUUCCAGAGUGUUGUAGAGCAAGGUUACUCCCCAGACCUAGCCAGACAAGUCGUGAGACAGUUGUGGACCAAAGGCAUCAGUAACGUGCACAGUGCAGACAUACUUGCAGAAAUACUUAGGAUCGCAGAGGGAGAGGAAAACACAGACGACCCGAGGCUAGAAAACACACAUAACGAGGGCGUACCUGACACAAACAUUGACGACUCGGAGGAACGUGAGAUACAACGCCUCGUAGAGGAGAACCGCCGGCUGAGGAGAGAGAAGAUGUGUAGGAUAUGUGAGGAAGAGGACGCCUCGAUCGCGUUUCUCCCGUGCGCCCAUCUCGUGUGCUGUCAUGUCUGCGCACAGGCCGUCAGGCGUUGUCCUGUGUGUGGGGUCAUAAUACAGGGCACAGUCAAAACCUGGUUCACGUGAUCAUAGUUGUAUUCAACACAUUGUACCUGUCAAAUAAACCACUAUUUUGAGUAUUUUUCUGACUGAAUUGACUUCCACUAUAAAGUCAACACCAGGAAUAUAAUACCAUCAUCAGAAUGAUAUGUUAACAUAUGUACCUUUCCAUGCGUAACAUCUUGCCUUUAGGGGUUUGCUAUUGGCUUGCCGCCACCAUCUAAAUGAUAUCUUCGCCCUGGGGACUACAACAUAUUCUCAAGUGUUGUUACAACGACAAAGAUAUGGAAAUUGUAUCUUACUAUCAAAAGGAGGAGUGGUGGACAUUUCAAAAUGGAAAUAUCCUGGAUCAUGGAGUACGAUUCACCUGUCCACUGAUCUCGGCGAAGAAUGUAGCCAUGAAGGACACACCAGCAGUUUUUAGCACAUUCUGUAGCUACUUCAUAACAACAUGUCUACAAAGCGAAGAGAGAACCUAGCGAUAUGAAAUUCUAAAGGUUCAUAUACACACUCAGAAAAUAUGGCAAAACUGAAAAGAGAUAAGUAAGGUAAACCAACAAUGAUACGGUCUUCCUUCAGGACAUACUACCACAGCGUCACGAGGCUCAUACUAGAAGAAGACCCCAGUGUUGUGCACUAGGGAGUUAACAUCCCCAUAAUCCGAAAACUCCGCUCGUGGUACAGAGAAGACACGUGUAUCGAUAGCGGAACCCUUGGAUUCCGAGGGUCGAUAUAUAAGGGAGUCUAAUUCUACGAGAAAAGAAUGUCACGAGAAAUGGAGGAAUUGGCCCGAUGGAAUGAUUUGUCGGAGUUUUAUAUUUAGAGAUGGAACAACAGUGUCGUUUUAAAGAAUGUCUUUACCGACAGUGCUGAUAACGACAUGUUAUUGUAUUAUAUACUUCAGUUAUUGUAGUCGUGUCUCGUACACCAACAUAGCAUAUUUUGUUCACUUUGAUUAUACAUACAUUGUAUUUUAUGAAACAGUGCUUUUAAACUUUUAAUUCAUGUAUAAAUAUAUUCAAGCAAAUCUCGCCUGUAUUAUACUCCAAUGUUAACUUGUAAACAAAACGAUGCUACUUUGUGCUGUGUUAUACAUUUUUUUGGGUCCUUCUUGUAAUCAGAACAAUGUUGUUGAUACUACUUUGUUUAUUUCAUUUAUAUUAUUUUAUUCAUAAAAGUCUCGCAAUGUAUUGUUUCUUUAAGGAAAUAAAUAAAUAAUUCCCAAUGCAAAGAUACACGUGUACAUGUUAGUCAGUGAUACCGGGAUCUUUACUAUGUUAGUAAGUGGUACCGGGAUCUGUAAUAUGUUUGGCAGUGGUACCGGGAUCUGUAAUAUGUUUGGCAGUGGUACCGGGAUCUGUAAUAUGUUUGGCAGUGGUACCGGGAUCUGUACUAUGUUUGGCAGUGGUACCGGGAUCUGUACUAUGUUUGGCAGUGGUACCGGCAGUGGUACCGGGAUCUGUACUAUGUUUGGCAGUGGUACCGGGAUCUUUACUAUGUUUUAAAAUUGAUGUUCUUUGUUCUUAUUUGCUCUUAUACUACACAUGUAUAUAUAUGGAAAAAGUUGUGUGGAUUUAUACUACACUUGUAAAUAUGGUAAACAAGCUGUGUGGAUUUAUACUACACUUGUAAAUAUGGUAAAAAAAGUUGUGUGGAUUUGUACUACACUUGUAAAUAUGGAAAAAAACGUUGUGGAUUUAUACUACACUUGUAAAUAUGGAAAAAAUGUUGUGUGGAUUUAUACUACACUUGUAAAUAUGGAAAAAGAGUUGUGUGGAUUUAUACUACACUUGUAAAAAUGGAGAAAAAAAAGAGUUGUGUGGAUUUAGAACAGUUGGCAUUAUUAUACAGGAUACGAAUAGUUGAACUAGUCAUUUGAUUUAAACUUUAUCCUUCCUCGUACUCGUGUGAAUCAUUUUAUUGAUAUACAUAUCAUAAUUUAAGUAAUGUGCAAAUAUAACCAUACAACUCAUGAUGCUUGAGAAAUAUACACAUGUGUUCAUGUUUAUCUCAUGGCGAACAUUUUAUGACUCGGUGGACUACAACACUACCCCCUUGAGCAAUACUUCACUUUAAACUUAGAAAAUAGUACACUUCACUUAAAAAAAGACUGGUCACCUUAAGGAAGAUUGCGAACUGAAAGAAAGGAUGCUAAUGGUCUUUUCUCGCUUCGGGGAAAUUAAUGCAACAAACAGAAAGCCAUACAAUGUAUGAGUUUAGUCUCAGACUAGUGACAACCACAGAUGAGAUCACGUACAGGUGACAGGUGCUAAAACUGUAAUACCAGGAUAUGAUUCGUCUCAUUGAUACAUCAUAGUGCCCGACUUAGUCAGUUAGGGAUAGUUACUGGCAUUGAUACAUCAUAGUGCCCGACUUAGUCAGUUAGAGAUAGUUACUGGCAUUUGGUUGAAUACAAUUGUCUAAUCUAGAGAACGAGAAUAAAGUCUGAACGUAUAUGGUAACAUUGUGUGGCCCUAUAUACGUCACACGACUGAACAGCACUGAACACUAAAUAACAUGACGUUUGUGUAGAAUCAGAGACAUAUACGUCUCUGGUAGAAUCAUGUGCUGGAGCUGACAAACCAAACUCUGGAUAUCAAGUUGCAAGUUAACUGAAUAUGAUGAUCAAAUAUUUAAUGAUGUUUGAUUUGAGCUAGAUUCAUUCGUUAUGUCCAUCACGUAGAUUGAUGUUAAAAUUGAUAUGUACAUGUUGUCUCAAUAAUGUAAGUUUUAUUUAAGUAUUUUAUUUCAUUUCGAUGCAAAUUGUGUCUCUAAUUUUGAGGAAAUAUAAUGAUGAUGAUGACUAUAUACUAUAUCGAUUUUGUUACCCAUUUAAGGAACAAAAUUAUAUGCUUCACGCAUAAAUCAUUGAGGAAGGGUCUACCUGAAGUGCUGCGGUCGUGUCUAAUAUUGUAUAAGAAGGACAAGCCAGCUAUUUUAUCAUCAUUUAUGUUCUUUAUAAAUUGUUAUACAUAUCUAUGAGUCUGUUUGUUGGUCAAUUAACAUUGUUUUAACAUCAAAUAUACAUUGUGCUUAUAGAACGUACACAUCAAUAAAGAGUUACAUAGUUCAAACAGUUGUAUCUUAUUCUGGAAAUAACUAGGUUGUGCUGGAGGACUGUUUGAUAUCAGAAAACAAGAGAGUUUUGUAUCUUAAUCCCUUUAUUGACCCAUGUAUAACAUGCCCUCUUGCAGAUCUUCCCCAUCCGUUCUAUUUAAUACGAUUGGUUACCGCUCAAAGAUAGAUACCAGCGCUUCUUUUGAAGCAACAUAAACUUAUCCAAACCGCAUAACUUCUCACAUUUACACCACACAUUGUGUAGAUGUUGACUAGAGUAAACCAAGAACAUGACUGGUGUACCCCUCUGCAUGUGUAUCGGAAGAGGCGACUUGCGUGGGGACCCUCUACGGAAUCGGGGCUGUCUUCUACGGAGGGGACAUGGACCAAACAUUGAUCUGCUGCCCCCAUUGCACCACUCAGGAUCUGUUGCUUCCUAUCAUUUCCAUCUGCCUUUUUCUAUCUACUUUCUCUUUCCCCCAGUGUUUCCCUUGGCACCCGUCUCCAUCAAAGGAUACCCCAUAAUGGUAAAAUAAAAUCUUGGGUCCCUUUUUGCCUUUUGCAACACUGGUUGUUGCCAGGACAUCAAACCCAGAUAUAUUUUUUUUACUGAGGAGGCCUCCAUCUAUGCCGAGAAACAUCAGGGUUAUCAGGACCCAGUUUCUGUCUGUCAAAGCAAUUUUAAUUAAAAAAUGAAACUGCAACAAAAGUUGUCCUAGUCUUUUACUUCCUUGGAAGACAAAAUUAUAUAAACAAUUCAAUAUACAUACAUAAUUCACCCAUACCUUCCACAUCUACACAUACAA